UAUCGGUAGGACGAGUGUUCGUCACAGGCUGAGCUCGUCGCUUGCUUUGGCCCAGUCAGCUGUGGGCUACCGAAGGCGCCAGGCCCGUGAGAGUCCGCGCAACUACGCCUAUACCCCGUGUCUUCACCAUGCCCACCACCAUCGAGAUCAGCUUCGACGGACCCCGGACCACGUACUCCCCGGGGGAGAUGGUGUCCGGGUGGGUCCGCGUCCACGUGGACAAGCCCAAGAGGAUCAGAGCCGUCAGCAUCAAGUUCAGCGGUGACGCCAGCGUGUGGUGGACGGAGAAGCGCGGUACCUGCCGCACCGGCGAGAACAGUCACAGAGUCAAGGACAGGAUUUACUCGGCGUACGAGAAGUACUUCAGGCACACGCUCUACUUCGUCGGGGGAGAGGCCAGCACGGUGACGCUCGACGCCGGGGACCACACGUACCCCUUCCAGUGCCUCCUGCCGCAAACCCUGCCCAACUCGUUCGAGGGCAGGCACGGCUACGUCCGGUACACGGCCAAGGCGACCAUCAGCCGGUGGAGGUCCGUGGAGGCCCGGGUCGCCUUCACCGUGAACUCGGUCGUGGACCUCAGCAUGUUUCCCCAGGCCAAGGAGCCCGUGGAAUGUGUCCAGAGCAAAGAGUUUACGCUUCUUUGGGGCGAACCAUCAGGAGGCCCUCUAACUAUGAGCGUCAGAAUUCCGAAAGGAGGCUACUUCCCCGGGCAGACCAUUCCGUUCCUGAUCAAGGUCGACAACGCGAGCAGCAUUGACGUGGUCAACGUACGCGGUGCUCUGAUCCAGGUUGUCACGUGGCACGCGACCAGAGACAACAAUACGCUGGAGACGGCAGAGAGGGUGGUGGACCUGGUGUUCGACAGCCCGGUGCCAGCCAACCACUCCAAGGCCUUCUGUCAGGAACUCACCGUGCCACCAGUGCUCCCGUCUCACCUGGACAAUUGCAAUAUCAUAGACUUGGAGUACUUCUUGGCGGUUACGGCUCGGGUCAGUGGUGCCCACUUCAAUCUAGAAAUCAAGGCCCCCAUCCUGAUCGGCACUGCUCCAGAGGCGGAGAAGAGCUUGGAAGAGAAGACCUUUGCAGAGAAGAGCUUGUCAGAGAAGAGCUUGCCAGAGAAGAGCUUGCCUUGGCCGGGUGACUUUGCACACCCAAGGGGACCACCGAGCCUGCCCUCCCCUGAUCUCCUGCCCCCGAGUUACGAAGAGAGCGUCUUGGGCCAGCACCAACGGUGACAACUAGUACACCAGUACACCAUGGGGAUCGAGAGUUUUACCCCACGUUACCCGGUAUGGGACCUGCCUCUCAAGCCAUAGACAUGAGAAGAACUCGAUAACAAGUUGAGUUGUUAGCGAUGAUGAUCUCAAUGAAGAUUUUGUGAUAAGUACCUGCACUUGUUCACACUGUUUUAUUUUAAUUUGUAAAAGUGUAAAAUAUAGUUUUUAAUAUAAAACCACUAGAUCAGUC